UCUUGUAAAGGAUUUGAAUAUUUUUGUCUUAUCUUUUUGUAGCUGCCUUUACCAAAAGUUGCAGAAAUUUAAGAUGCUGCACAUGAUUGCCUUCAUAGACCCUGCUCAGACAGGCGUGCUUGGGUGUGGGAAUCCAACAGAAAGGGCUCGUUCUCUAUCAGCUUGUUAUGUAAAAGGGAAGUCGGGUCAGAUUUUUUUGGUACCCUAUAACUCAGGUUGUCAUUGGAUGUUAACGGUUGUGAACCCCGCUGAAGAAGUUGUGCAUUUCAUGGAUCCAUUGAAGAGACGACUCGUCACCGGUGAAUGGAAAACUAUUGUGGACAACUCAAUCAAAAUAUACAAUGCGCAAAAAACUAAGAAAGGCAGAAAAAUAGUUACAUGGAAAAAUUGCGCGGGCAUUCUGGAGCAGCAAGGUGAUAAAACCUGUGGGUUUUGGAUUAUGCAUUACAUGAAGGACAUAGUGGAGGACAAGAACCAAGAGUGGAGUGCUAAGUGGGACAGAAAAGGAAGCAACAUGUACACACAAGAUGAUAUUGAUGAGGUUCGGGCCGAGUGGGCACAAUAUGUUGCUCAAUUUCAAGAAAGCUAGUGCCUAACUCUUAUAUAUAUAUAUCUGCUUUUGGACAUGCAUCACCUAUAUAACCCAGAUUAGAAAGCUAUAGGAUGGGUUUUUUGCCUUACAUGCUCGAUACUGUGAUACUUGUUGGGUUGCCUUUAUUGAUCAUGUCUUUUGUUUCAUGGAUGGGUUGUAUUGAACUGAUGCAUAGCAGGUUGUGUAAUAUACUGAAUGAUUUGCCAGUUUGUUGAAAUGACAUUUUCUGGAUUUCUAGAUUA